GGUGGAUCCACACACAUCCAGCACGUCCGCCGGGGAGGGAGCUCGACGGGAACAGCGCCAUCGUCGCUCUCUUCAUGGGACAAAACCAGGCUGUGUGCUCCGCCAGAUCAUGGGAGGCUGUUGACAUCGGACUCGGCCACUAGUUAAAGGAAACCUGUUAGCGUAGCCUGAACACAGCGGCUGGUGCACAGUGACGGGUCUGAACAUGGCCGCCCAUCGAAUCAGAGCCACCAACAACAACAACACUUCUCUGCCUCGCUGCAAGUCCGAGGGGACGCUCAUCGAUCUCAGCGAAGGAGUGUCAGAGGCCAGUCUCACCGAUGUCAAAGUGCCUUCUCCCAGUGCCUUACGACUGGAUGCGACUGCUUCCUUUGGCGCUGCCAGGGAAGUCGUUGCCAUAAAGGACUACUGCCCAUCCAGCUUCACCACCCUGAAGUUCUCUAAAGGGGACCGCCUCUACGUUCUGGACUCGUCAGGAGCAGAGUGGUGGUACGCCCACAACAACACAGAGAUGGGUUACAUCCCUGCAGCUUAUGUGCAGCCCGUCAACUACAGAGACUCGUCCUUCAGUGACAGUGGGAUGAUCGACACUGUGGGAGACUGUAAUGAGGAGGCAGCCAAAGAAAUGGACCUUUUAGGAGAGUGGGCAGGGGUGAUUCUGAAACCAACCACCUUCCAGAACGGAAAUCCUUUUGCAACAACCCAUACCUCUACAAACCCUUUCCUAAACGGGGGUCCUCAGAGCUCACUUGACCAGAACAGUAAAGAGAAAUCAGUUGACCUCCUCCUGUUUGACACGCUCACUCCGUCAGUGCCCAACUCCACCAGCAGCAAUGCCGACAUCAACGGUUUUGGCAGUGGUGUUUUUAACUUGAACCUUCUGAGUCCCACUGUAGGGAUGGGGCAAACGCUGCGCAGGGACAACCCGUUUUUUAGAAGCAAACGGUCCUACAGUUUGUCUGAGCUGUCCAUCCUUCAGGCCCAGUCUGACGCCCCUCAGACCUCCACCGGUUUCUUUGGAGGUCUGAAAGCACCGGCACCAGAGCAGUUCCAGAGCAGGGAGGAUUUCCGGACAGCUUGGCUUAACCACCGCAAGCUGGCCAGGUCCUGCCAUGACUUGGAUUCACUAGGUCAGAACCCAGGCUGGGGCCAAACGCAGCCCGUGGAAACCAACAUUGUCUGUCGGCUGGACAGCUCAGGGGGUGCCGUCCAGCUUCCAGACACCAACAUCAGCAUCCACAUACCCGAGGGCCACGUAGCCGCAGGGGACACCCAGCAGAUCUCGAUCAAAGCUCUGCUCGACCCACCGCUAGAGCUGAACAAUGAUCGCUGCACCACCGUCAGCCCCGUGGUGGAAAUCAAGCUCAGCAACAUGGAGACCAAAACCACCGUUACCCUGGAGAUGAAAGUUUCAGUCGUGGUGAAAAUGGAGAGCAGGCAGACAACAGAAGUCUUGUGUGUCAGGAGUGAUUGUAAAGAGGGACCUUACACUCCCAUUCCUCAGGCCUACAUGUACGGGGACACAGUUCAGGUCUGCCUGGAUAACCUUGAACCGUGCAUGUAUGUGUGUGUUGUGGCUCAGUCCCAGUCCAUAUCUCCAGACUCCACAGUUUGGGAGCAUGUGGUCAAAAAGAUCACCUUAGGAGUGUACGGUCCCAAACAUAUUCACCCGUCCUUCAAGACAGUCGUGGCUAUGUUUGGCCAUGAUUGUGCCCCAAAGAUGCUACUGGUGAGUGAGGCUGGCAAGCAGGCGCAGUCUGCUCCACCAGUCGCGCUGCAGCUCUGGGGUAAACACCAGUUUGUCCUGUCCAGACCGCAGGACCUCCGUGUUGGAGUUUACUCCAACAUGGCCAACUAUGAGGUAAAGGCUAGUGAGCAGGCCAGAGUGGUCCGGGGCUUCCAGGUUAAACUAGGCAAAGUCAGCAGGCUCGUCUAUGUCAUUGCCUCACGCAACACUGAAGAUGUUUCUGAUUUCACCUUAAGGAUCCAGGUCAAAGACGACCAAGAUUGUAUACUGGCUCAGUUUUGUGUGCAGACACCAACACCACCACCUAAAGCAGGCCCAAAGACAUCGGUGCAGCGACGCUUCCUGAAGAAGAAGGAAGUUGGCAAGAUAGUCUUGUCUCCUCUUGCCAUUGCCACUAAGUACCCUGUUUUCCAGGACAGGAAGAUAAACAACCUGAAGUUUGGAAAAUUAAUCAAAACUGUCAUCCGACAAACAAAAAACCAGUACUUGCUUGAGUACAAAAAAGGAGACUUUGUAGCUCUGCUGAGUGAGGAGAAAAUCAAGCUGAAGGGCCAACUGUGGACAAAAGAAUGGUACAUUGGAUAUUAUCAGGGCAGAAUGGGACUCGUCCAUGCAAAGAACGUGCUGGUGGUUGGCAAAGUUAAGCCCAUUUACUUCAGUGGACCCGACCUUACGACUUCAUUGUUGUUGGAGCAAAUACUGAAGCCCUGCAAGUUCCUCACGUACAUCUACGCCUCCGUAAGAACUAUACUGAUGGAGAACAUCGGCAACUGGCGAGCCUUCGCGGACGCCCUCGGAUACGUCAACCUGCCCCUGACGCAUUUCUGCCGUGCAGAGCUGGACAGCGAACCUGAGAGGGUUGCAUCGGUGCUGGAGAAGCUGAAGGAGGACUGCAACAAUACAGAGAGCAAAGAGAGGAAGUCCUUCCAGAAAGAGCUCCUGACAGCUCUGUUGAAGAUGGAUUGUCAGGGUCUCGUGGCCAGACUGGUCAUGGACUUUGUCCUCCUGACCACGGCUGUGGAGUUGGCCGGGCGCUGGAGGGAGCUGGCCGAGAGGCUCGCUAAGGUUUCGCGCCAGCAGAUGGACGCGUACGAGGCUCCACACCGCGACAAGAACGGGGUGGUGGACAGCGAGGCCAUGUGGAAGCCGGCGUAUGACUUCCUGGUCACGUGGGCCGCUCAGAUCGGCGACAGCUACAGGGACGUGAUCCAGGAGCUGCACAUGGGCCUGGACAAGAUGAAGAACCCCAUCACCAAACGCUGGAAGCACCUGACCGGCACACUCAUCCUGGUCAACUGCCUGGACGCCCUGCGGAGCUCCGCCUUCAGUCCCGCCGCUCAGGAUGACUACGCCAUCUGAACUGCCCUCCUAGACCUGAGGUCACUCCUGCUGGUGUUUCCAAACACCGGCUCACCUCGCUCGCUCUUCUGGAGCAGUUUCAAAGUUCCACCAUGUGAAAUGCUGCAUAUCAGCUGUCUGCUUACUCUGAAAGCCACUACUGCUGCUGUACAUAGUUGUUUUGUUCCUGCGGCGCCGCCUUCAGCUCCUCGUGCCCAGGGGAUCAUCACCGGACCGCCCCCACGUCUCCGCCAAACAACACAGCGCUGCACGGAGCUCGCAGUAUUCACAAAGACUCUUUUAAUAGCUCCUGUCUUGCAUAGUUAUGUAUUUUUGUACUCUUGUUACGGCACAGCCUUUUUUAGAGCAACACUUUGAAACCUUUUGGUUUAGAUCUGUGGAUUGAACCAAGAAAGACACUUUUUCAAGAAGAGACACUUUUAGAUAUCGUAGACUUGUUACCGUAGCUUUGUCACGUGUCGGAUCUGUUCUAUUUAUUUAUAUAUCAAAGAGAGAAGUCACUUUUCCUUCUCUUCUUCAGGUUCUCUCUCACUGUGGUCCUUCUCAUUUCAGAGAUCUGGACGUUCUGCUGUCAGUCUGCAUUUUUUCAGGCCGGCCU